AUGCAGCUACACUUUUUUUUCCGAUUUUUAUUUGCCUUUGCCACCACUAUCCCCACAAUCUCAUUUCAUUCCUCUCUCAUCUUCCUUACACUUUUUCCUUUUCCAACCUCUUCCUACCCUUUCCAUUCAACAAAAAUCGCCGUCAUGCCUGAAAAAGAGUGGAUUCAAUCGGCAAUCAUGGAUGACUCUGUCGUUGCUGAAUUACUCUUGCGUCUCAGCCAUGCCAAUCCAUCUCCAUCUCCGAUUCCGGCUAAGUCGAAGAGGGCAGGUUCACCGCUUGAGUGGUCUGUGCGUCGGAGCAGGUCUAAACCAGUUUCUGUUAAUGCUAAGAAGGCGGCUCCACGUGCUAGUCCUACUACUCCUUUGUCAUGGAGUGGCGCCACAUCUGUUAGUUGUGGAGGUGGCGGAGGUAGUGGUGGCGCCGUUGAUGGUGGCUGUGAAGAGUCUAGCGGAUCUCCUCAUCCGCUAUACAAAACUCCAAGCAGCACGAGAUCUAAGAUUUUGCUGGACUCUCAGGUUAAUGGUACUAGUGAUGCUACCACCAGCAAAAGGUCAAGAAAGAAAAAGACAUUGGCUGAGCUGAAAAUGGAUGAGAUCUUGCUAAUUAAGGAAAGAAAGCAAUUGAAGAAGGAAGUGGCUUUACUACGCGCUAGCGUGGAGAAUCAGAGGGAUACAAAUCAAAAACUGAAAAGAAUGAAGCUUGAUGUGCUCCCUCAGCAGGCAAAUGAAAGAGGUACAACUGUUUCAUAUGAUGGGAGUUCGGGUCAGUAUCAGCAAGAGGUUCUACCAAGCUAUCCAGCCAUUCCCAUCUUACUGGAAAAAGUUGCAAACAAGGUUGCAGUAUCGCCAUCAUCUCUGGAAAAGCAGCAAGAUUUCGCAGCUUUGGAGUCCAAAUUUGUACUCCCAGACCUCAAUAUUCCAUUUGGCGAGGAUUCUGGCUCUGACAUUCUCUGGGGGUGAACUGAAAUACUUCUGCAUAACAGGGGAUCCUCCAACACAGAAAGACAAGUAUAAACUAGUAAGGGCUAACCCUGUUAUAGGAUGAAUUAUGGAUUCAGUAGUAAGUCAGGACUUUCUUUCCUUCACCACUUGUCACACAGAAGCUGCCAAAGUGGAUUUUUAGUCAUGAAGGUACUGAGGGUAGUUAGGAUCUGUGAUAUUUCUUUGAGAAGAUGUCAACCAUAGGUUAGAGAUCCUAACUUACUAGUUGCAGUAGACAUUUUUUUUUCCUGACAGGUUUCUUCAGUGUCCGAUUCUUUGGGGCCAACCCUCAUUCCUUCAUAGUUUUUCUCUGGAAAUAUCUACAGAUAAAGAUGUAACUAUUUUAUAUAUCAGUUGAUCACAUUACUUGAAUACCAUAACUCUCUUUUCUCAA